CAAGCCAUGAAGCUUCACUUCCGAUGUCCACGGCUCGACCGGUGGUCCUGUCUACUGUCCAAUUAAUUUUCAAAAAUAUUCCAAAAAAUACGCGAAAAUGAAGCCAAGAAGCUUGCGUUGCAUGAAGUUUUUCCUAACUCUGUUUAAUAUCAUUGUCAUUCUUUUUGGCUUGGUGUUAAUGGCGAUCUGCGUGAUGAAUAUGCGGGGGAAGAAGUCUCGGCCUGAUCAGCAGUCUGCUUUGUCCAGAGGGGUGUUGUCGUUCCUCCUGACACUUGGACUGUGCCUGGUUGUGACUGCUGUACUUGGCUGCAUUGGUGCAUUGAGGGAACACGUCAAGACACUUUAUGUGCACGCAAGCUUCUUCAUCUUCUUGGUGUCAGUCGAGCUGGUGGUGGGAGUUGGAGGGGCGGUGCUGAGCGCCUGGGUGGGGGGCGGCAGCGAGCUUCGGGUCCAGUUCUACAAGAAUGCUACUGUCGAAGACGAGUUCUCCAGCAACCAGGCUUUCUGGGACCAACUCCAGGCUGAGAAUCAAUGCUGCGGCGUGGACGGACCCACAGAUUACAGCAUCAUCCACCGCGAGAUUCCCCCCUCCUGCUGCGCGCGCGCAUAUCCCCUCCGCGAUGGCGCCGCGCGACGUCACUUGCAUGCCACCUGUCUUACGGAGAAGACGUAUUAUACCAACGGCUGCGAGGAAGCAUUGCGACAGAAGAAGGCGUUUAAAGGGAACAUCCUCAUCUCUACUGGAAUUAUCUUCGCACUAUUAGAAAUACUGUGCAUUGUGCUGGCGCUGUGGAUGGCAAGGACGAUACGAGUAGAGCGCAGGAAACUCCAGCAAAAUCUUCAGGCACAUUUCGAAAACUAAUCACUGUUUUUGAGCCCAAUUUCGCACUUAUUAUGUCGAUAUUAUAAUUAAGAUUCGUUCGGCCAUAAACCUGAUUACACGCUGUUUUCUAAUCGCGUCUUUAAUGUCGUGUGAGAUGUAAAGACAACUGUGUGAGAUGUUCUAUUGUAAUUGUAAAAUAAUAAGGAAGAAAGAUUAUGGAAUAUGCGUCUAUAAUAAUUAUUAUUAGAUCAUUAUAUUUUAAGGUAUAUUUUAACACUUUAUAGCGACAACGAAGUACAUUAUGCUUGUUUAAGUCACGUUUUCUGGUAAAAUUCAUAAUAAUUAAUAUGCUGAUUGUACUUAUCCGUAAUUAUUCACAUUUUAUGUAUAGUAUGUAUAGCUACCCUGUGAUAUAUGUAGAGUUAACAACAGCUGUGGCUUUGGAGCCAAAGGGACCAAAUGUUAACUAUCAGUUACGACCGCAUUUUCAAAGCAUUUAUUAAUUAUACACACGUCUUUGUUAUUUAAGAGGUAGAAAGAGUUGUGAAACUCGAAGGCCAUGUUUAUAUGUUCAUAGCACGGCUUACAGUAAGUUCACUAGUUAGUGUGUUUGCGAUUACUUACCCCAAGACGCGGGAGGGAGUCGUAAAAGUUAUGAUGACUGAUACCUUUAGGCGACUUGAAUAAAAAUCAAGAAUCCGAAGCAGUGGUGGUUAAAUGGGUCAAACCGUCCGGCUGCGAUCGAAAGGUCCCAGUUUUAGCGAUUUUUAUAAUUAACUAGCUGCGUCCCGGCACUUCGUUCCCGUGGGAAUUUCAAGAUAAAAAGUAUCUUAUGUGUUAUUCCAGUUUACAUUCUACGCGUUAUAUCAAAUUUCAUAACAAUCAGUCCAGUAGAUUUUGCGUGAAAGUAUUACAAAUAUAACAUACAUACAUACAUCCGCAUAAACUUUCGCAUUUAUAAUACUAGUAGGACAGUAAGUUGAUAAAUAACAACUUUUUAGAUUAGAGAAACACUAUAAUAACUACUUAACUUUAUAUAAUUCAAACCAAAGCUUACGCCUUGUUGUCGAACUGUUUUUUUUUUAAAUUGUUUUUUUUUAAAUUGUUUUUUUUUAAUUGGUAAAAGUGCGCAUGUUUCAAUCUAUAUGUAUAGUAAAUAUUUGCGUGUAAUGUAGAAAUUUAAUGGUGUAAAUUGUCGAAGUUUAAUUAUAAAAUUAUAGCAAAUUCAACACUAAUCUAGUAUUAAGAAAAGUUUUUAAUAAAUGUACACUUCAUUGUAUUUCGGGGGCUCAAAAGAUGUUUCAUUAUUAAAUGUCGUUGUGUUCAAUUAAUAUUAAAUUUUAUCACACAUUUUUAUUUUGUUUUAAAACUAGUUGCACUGCGCGGUGUAAGAUUUAUUUUAGAAAAAUACUUAGCUUUUAUUUUUAUUUUCAGAAUUUUUGACCGAAUCCUAAGCGAAACAGUUCUUUUUGCGGGAUAAAUUGUAUCAUACCUAUGUCAUUUUCCGAUUAUGAUUGAUUGAAUAAAUAAAACGUGAAGAGCUUCAAACAAAUAAACAAA